AUCGAAGUUGGAUUUGGAUUGUUCCUUUCAGUGCUCAUUGCGUUUUGACUGUUCUUCGAGACAUUCUUGAAUAUAGAACUUAUUUUUUAAUUUUGCAUUCAUAAAAAUUACUCCGGAUAACAAAGAAAUGGACGAAAAUCUUUGUCAGGAAUUGUUGGCCAAUCUCCAACUGGAGCAAACACGCAAAACCGCAUUAACAGAGAUCAAAAACACAUUAAUUUCAUCAAACAACUCGUCCAUAUCCAACAGCUUUUUGAAGUCACCAGAGCUUUUAAACUGCCUGGAGGAUGCUAACAGCGAACAAACGUUGCUGGCCUGCGACAUUCUGUCGAUUUGUAUGAGCAACUUAGCCAUUGAUGAGUCCAGCGAGGUUAAGAACGUCAUCGAAAAAUCGUUGAGUCACGUCAAUCCAAAGGUGCAAGCCUUCGGCUUAAGAGAGCUUCGAAGAAUCCUACACUCAUCAUCGGACACCUUUGUUAACGAAACAUUAAUUCUGCUGGUGAUUGCUUGUUUGGCGUCCGAGGAUUCCAGCGUGGGAACGCCGUCGAUCGAACUGUUGCGUUUGAUGCUGCCUCGGUUCAUUCUGCUGAGAAGUGUUCUGGAGAACUUAGAUGGAUUGCUGGGCAAGGGAGAUGUGGUUAGAUGCAGGCUGUAUGAGCUGAUUGUGCGGUUGGCAAAACAGUCGGAACAGUUGUUGGCCGCCGUAGAGAGAUUUUUGCAGAAAGCAAUACUAGAGCUGGAUGGGAAUGAUGUACUGUUGCAGUUGAACAUUCUGCAGAUUCUGUCGGAGUUGUCCGAGGCGAACCAUGGAAUGGUCUACCUCGAGAACAGUGGGGUGUUCGAUAAGUUAAUGAGCAAGAUUGAUCGGCUGGAAGAAGAUCCUUUGGGAACAAUUUUGAUCCCCGGUCUGAUGAAGUUUUACGGGGGCGUUGCAGCACUUCAUCCGGCCAAGGUCUACGAGAGCUUUCCUAAAAUUAUCGCCCUACUGUUUGAAUGUCUUACAUCUGAGGACUUAUCCAUACUGCCAACGGCGUACGAUACUUUGGGAUGCAUUGCCUAUCCGUGCGAGGGAAAGCGACAGCUUCACUAUAAACAUGGAGCAGCUCUGAAGAAAACUUUGCAUCAUAUUAGCACUGUGGUUCGCAAUCUGCCCAACGAUUUAAAGAUGCGAUUGUUGAAUUGUUUGCAGUUGAUGUUCGCCAACGACUCGACUAUGGCAGAUAAUCAGAUUUCAUCAAUUCUUCAAUCUUGGUACGACAACUUGACUGAACAAGAUAAUCUUAACUUCGUAAUGGACUACAUCAGAAAUCCAUUUCCGGACAUGAAGCGAGCAGCAUUGGGUCUGCUCAAAGCCAUCGUUGGUCACCGUUGGGGACAGACCUAUUUGCUGAACACAGGAGGUUUUGUUGAGUAUCUUUUAGAUCGGAAGCAGGAAGCAGAUAAGGAUGUGGUGUUGGAUAAGUACGAAGUAAUUCGAAUGCUUUCUAUGUCUUCGGUAUUCGAUGAACAAACAGCAUCUGACUUCAGACGAUACGUGUCAGAGGGUGCAUUCUACGUACGAGGCAUUACCGAGGUUGCAAUUGAAGGAGCUUCGUAAAAGGGAAUUAGUUUGGCGUUUACAUUUAAGACAAUAUAUUAUUCCAAAAAGCGCUUCGAA